UUUUUAUUAUUCAAUAAAAACUUGAAUUUGAAUCCAACACAUGUCUAGUCAAGUACUUAACACACCUCAUUUUUUACGCACAAAUAUUUUGUCUUUUCUAUUUUGAAAAUUGCUAUAGUUUUGAGGGUAAAGCAUAAAUAUAAAAGGUUAAGUAAGUGAGAGUUACAGAUAUUGUUUGAAAAAAAAACCGUUUUAUGAUUAUACGUAGAUUUUCAAAAUGCGUAUCUACAUAUAUAAAAGCAGGAGAAAAAGUUAUCCAUGGUUUGAAAAAUCGAUACAGUGCCAGUGUCAAAUUCAAUUGUUAUUCUCAAAGUUGCAAUAAUGGACCUUGGAGUGUUUUGUUCUUUGGCACCGAUGAGUUUGCUUUGGCCAGUUUGAAAGCAUUGAACCACAAUUACAGACAAAGUGGUUUUCUUCGAAGGUUAGAAGUUGUCACUGCUUACAGGGGCCAAGAGAACGCUGUGAUAAAAUAUGCCAAAGAGCACAACAUCAUUGUGCACAACUGGCCACCUCGAAUUAAGAAAGAUGACUUUGAGAUUGGUGUUGUUGUCUCGUUUGGACACUUGAUCCCUUCAAGAAUCAUCGACUUAUUUCCCCUUGGUAUGAUCAACGUACAUGGCAGCUUACUGCCAAGGUGGAGAGGAGCUGCUCCGAUAUGUCAUGCCUUGCUGAAUGGAGACACAGUUACAGGUGUUUCCAUCAUGAAAAUCAUGCCAAAAAAGUUUGAUGUUGGUUCUGUAAUUGCUCAAAGAAAAAUCAGUAUACAUCCAGAUGAAACAUACGUUGAGUUGUACAGAAAAUUGGCUAAUUUGGGAGCUGAUUUACUGACUGAGACAAUGACUGAGAUACCAGAUGUAUUAAACACAGCCCAACCACAAAUUGAAAAUGAAGCUACUUAUGCUCCUAAAAUAACGGAGAAAAUAUCGUACAUCAAUUGGAAAGAUAUGAGUGCUACGAACAUUUAUAAUUUGCAAAGAGCUCUUUGUGGAAUUGAACCAUUGAGAACUCACUUCAACAAAGAAGUCGUUAAAUUGUUGGAUGUCAGAGUGGUUUCUGAAAGUGCAAAUAUAAAUUGUACUCGAGAAAAAGUGCCAGGACUAGCCAUCUUUGACAAAAAAAAUAAAAAGCUUUAUGUUUCCUGCAAAGGAAAUGGUUGGAUCACUGUAGGAACUGUAGUGAUACCUGGUCGACGACCACAAUCAGCCUUCAACUUUGGCUGUGGAUUCAUUUUGAAUCGGAAAGAAAAAUCAUGCUCAUUCUACUGACA